CCACGGCCGUCCGGCGCGACACUGUCCCCGGGGGCCGGGCCAUGGCCGGCCGCGCUUGCAGCUGCGGCCUGGGCCACUUGAAUGAGGACAACGCGCGCUUCCUGCUGCUCGCGGCGCUCAUCGCGCUCUACCUGCUGGGCGGCGCAGCCGUCUUCUCGGCGCUGGAGCGGGCGCACGAGCGCCAGGCCAAGCAGCGCUGGGAGGAGCGCCUGGCCAACUUCAGCCGUGGCCACAACCUGAGCCGUGACGAGUUGCGCGGCUUUCUCCGCCACUAUGAGGAGGCCACCCGGGCCGGCAUCCGCGUGGACCACGUGCGCCCGCGCUGGGACUUCACCGGCGCCUUCUACUUCGUGGGUACGGUGGUGUCCACCAUAGGGUUUGGGAUGACAACACCAGCAACAGUAGGCGGGAAAAUCUUUCUCAUUUUUUAUGGCCUCAUUGGAUGUGCCAGCACCAUCUUGUUCUUCAACCUGUUCCUGGAGCGCCUGAUCACUGUCAUUGCCUACAUCAUGAAGUCCUGCUACCAGCGGCAGCUGCGGAGGCAAGGGACCCUGCCCCAGGACAGCCUAAAGGACCCAGGCAAAUGUAAGGUGGACAGCAUGGCUGGCUGGAAGCCCUCCGUGUACUAUGUCAUGCUGAUCCUGUGCACAGCCUCUGUGCUCCUUUCCUGCUGUGCAUCGGCUCUGUACACCCCCAUGGAGGGCUGGAGCUACUUCGACUCGCUCUACUUCUGCUUUGUAGCUUUCAGCACCAUCGGCUUUGGGGAUCUGGUGAGCAGCCAGAAUGCCCAAUAUGAUAGCCAAGGACUCUACCGCUUCGCCAACUUUGUCUUCAUCCUGUUGGGUGUCUGCUGCAUCUACUCCUUAUUCAAUGUCAUCUCCAUCCUCAUCAAACAGUCUGUGAACUGGAUUCUGCGAAAACUGGAUGGCAGGUGCUUCCAGCAGUGCCAAAGAAGACUCUUACGGUCACGGAGGAACGUAGUGAUGCCGGGCAACACGCAGAAUCGCUGCAACACCUCCAUUGACACUGACGGGGUGAUGGAGAGUGACACAGAUGGGCGGCGACUCUCGGGGGAGAUAAUCUCAAUGAAGGACUUCUUGGCAGCCAACAAGGUGUCAGUGGCUGCACUCCAGAACCAGCUGUCCGAAGCAGCCAAUGGCUAUCCACACCAGGCCAGCAUGCAGCCCAGGGAAAAUGAAUUCUCAGGGGGGGUGGGAGCCCUAGCAAUCAUGAACAACAGGUUGGCAGAGACAAGUGGGGACAGGUAGAAAUACAACAAGGUCUCUGACUUUGGAGGCCUAGGGGAGAAAUGGAAGGGGAAGAACAAUCAUCGAAAUAACAGACUCAAUCACGUGCCUCUGCUCUGUCCAUCAGGGAGUGGUUCCUCAGCCUCCUCCAGCCUCACUAUACAAAUCUGACUUUGGCCCAGGCAGCAGCAGCCACCUGCCAGGGCCAUGGGAACCUGAUGCCUCAAUGCCUUCUCCUUAUCUUUAUUCUUGAGGUCUAAAUUCAGUCUUUUCAAGAUGGUCACAAAAGCCACAUAAGAUGUGACAUUGUUUCUCUUCUUGCUUCCUCUGGAGGCUCAGCUGCUGGCUGGAGGUAGCAUUUAUUUGAUUUCUCUGUUCUCCGUCUGGAAUUGAAAGCCUAAAGACUCUCAUUUUCCCCUGGAACUCUAAAUACCUGAAUUCCCUGCCUCACCCCACCCUCUCAAAAUUGGGGGCAUGGGAACGUUCUUGGCACUGGACAGAUUUGUCAGUGGUCCUACUCAUAGAGGCAAACCUGUUCUAGAUUCUUGCUUCUGUUGUCUCAC